UCCAGAGGGCAGGCUAUUAUUUUCGAGAUUUCCGUAGACAAUCAAUCAAUGAGAUCUGGAAGUUGGAAUUGUUCUGCAGAUAUGCCUCUGUCCAUUAUUCGACUGAGUACAUAGAGCAGAUAUCAUUUGCCUGAGCUGAGGAGCCUUUGGGAAUGUCUCGUCCCAGGACCGGUGCCUAUUAUGGCCGACCAGAGCCCUAGCUGCCACCAAUUAGGGGGGUCCAAACACCGACGAUCAAAGCGAGGUGCUGCUGCUACUAUUAUUACCACGUCCACCACAAACAACGCUGUCACCUCCUCAACUGCUGGGUCUUCGGCAGCUGGUCUUGUCCAAGACUUGUCCAAACAUCAGAAGAAUCAAGUUUCCUCACGGCAGGAGACCUGCAUCAAAUCUAGCAAGAAGCAAAAUAUCACGAGUGCAAGCAAAAGGAAAGCUUCUACUGAGGGCCAAGGAGCCCCUCCGUCAAAGGUAUCAACUACCCUGUUAGAUGCAUCAAAUGCUGACGGUAGCAGUGGUGCCCAUCUUAUCAAGAACAAUAAACACAAACACGAGGUGUGCAUUCCAGUCACCACCCUCAAAAGCAAACGGCACAACCUCUUGAAGAAAUCCAAAAAGACUGUUGAGCUUUCGAAGCACAACCUGUUGCAGAGCGAGGACUCUAAUCAGAACAGCGUCAGCGGCAACGAAAGCGCGAACUCGCGGGACUCGAAGCAGCGCAGACGUGGGAGCACGUCUUCCGCUUCCUCAGCGUGGUCUUCCCUUUCUGGAGGAUCAAGUCAUUUUAGUUUAUCAGACUCGACAGGCAGCGUCUGUUUCGCUGGGAGUUCUUUAGCAAGCGCAGCCCUUCCCACAGGGGAACCAGAGGGUUCUGAACCUAGCUCCUCAAAUAAUUCAAAACGUGGCCGUGUGAAUAUAAAUAUUACAUCACGUUCCUUACGCUCAUACUCUAGGAAUCACCCUUACCAAUUCGAGGCCUUGGACUACUACGCCCCACGCCGACUAGGUCUCAGGACUACCACUACCCUUUCCACUUCCUUUACCAAGUCAGAAGAACCAAAAGUGAACAGUGUUACCUUUGGUGGAGCUCAAGCCAAAGCGAACGAUCUGACCACCACAAGUGCUAGCAAAGACAAAAGCCUUACGCCAAGUGACCAAGCAGGGCCAAAGAAGGCGAAAGUGACGGUCUCUAAAACCCCAAUACACAAAGCCCCUGUGCAAGCGGCACAAGCCAAGAGGAAAAGCAAUAAGAAACUUGCCAAGUCUGCUUCUACCAAGCAAUCUUCAUCAGGUUCCGCAUCACCGCCAAAGAGACGACAGAGUAGCAACCACAAAGCAACCAUAAAAGGGAAGGGAAAGGGCCGGUCAUCGACCGCUCGCUCCGAUUCUCUCCGUCAGAGGUCAACAGAAACCACCACGGGAACGUGUGCAAGUACAAGGAGCCGGCGCAGCUCGGGCAUGAGUAAGCGAGGGCCAGGGGGCUCUGGCCGACAGGAAGGCAGAACCGGAGGAAGGGAUGCUAACACUGACGCCAACCCAACCAAUGCUCCUACCGCAUCUGACGAAUCAGCACAGGGAGCCACCGCUGCAGGAUCCAGUACAGGGGCCUCGGCCUUAGCCGCCGGCAGCAAAGGCGACGCUGACGAGUCUGAAGUUACAAGACUACAAGCUCUCCUAGAGUCUCGAGGAGUGCCUCCCCAUCUCUUUAAUGCUCUUGGUCCUCGCAUGCACCAACUACUUCAACGCAGCAUGGGAUCUGGAACUAGCACCAAAGCUCACCAGCUAUUAUCAGGUCUGCAGGCCAUGGGGGACGAGAGCCAACAACUCCAGGCCGUGAUUGAGAUGUGUCAGCUAUUAGUCAUGGGUAACGAGGAUACCCUCGGGGGGUUCCCUGUCAAGCAGGUGGUACCCGCCCUCAUAAGCUUACUCUCCAUGGAACAUAACUUUGAUAUUAUGAACCAUGCGUGCCGUGCAUUGACGUACAUGAUGGAGGCUUUACCACGGUCAUCUUCUGUUGUCAUGGAUGCUAUACCAGUAUUCCUCGAGAAACUUCAAGUAAUCCAGUGUAUGGAUGUAGCUGAGCAGUCAUUAACUGCUCUUGAGAUGCUUUCAAGACGGCAUAGCAAAGCCAUUCUCCAAGCAGGUGGACUCUGCGCAUGCCUCCUGUACAUUGAGUUCUUCUCCAUAACAGCCCAGCGAAAUGCCUUGGCUGUAGCAGCAAACUGCUGCCAGAGCAUGGGGCCUGAUGAGUUCCAUCUUGUGGCCAACUCGUUACCCCUGCUGUCCGGGAGGCUACAGCACCAGGAUAAGAAGUCAGUGGAGAGCUGUUGCCUGUGCUUUGCCCGUCUGGUAGAUAAUUAUCAGAAUGAUGAGAAACUUCUCUUGCUUAUAGCAGAACAUGGACUGCUUACCAAUCUGCAACAACUGUUGGUCGUAACACCCCCUAUCAUCAGCACGGGAACGUUCAUCAUGGUCAUUCGGAUGCUAUCACUCAUGUGUGCAAACUGCCCGAGCCUGGCUGUUCAGCUCCUCAAACAAAAUAUUGCAGAAACGAUAAGUUACCUUCUGAUCGGUGCUUCAGACUCUUCAAAUCUAGAUAUUGAGCUUGUAUCAAGAAGCCCCCAGGAACUUUAUGAAAUAACCUCUCUCAUCAGUGAGCUGAUGCCAAGACUCCCCCGCGAUGGGUUGUUCUCCGUCGAUGCGUACCUCAAGAAGGUCCCCAAUCUGAUUACCGAGGCUGCUCUCUGGCAGUGGAGAGACGAUAGGGGGAUGUGGCAUCCUUAUACACGUAUUGAUAACAGGAUCGUUGAGGCCGCCCAUCAAGCAGGAGAAGAUGAAGUGACUCUAUCUACUUUGGGGCGAACCUACACAAUAGAUUUCAAUGCGAUGCAGCAGAUUAAUGAAGAUACCGGUACUGCUAGACCGGUCCAGAGAAGACCUAAUCCUGCAGCGGGAACUGGCUCAUCUUCAGCUUCAUCAGUGACUGCUCCUAAGGAAGAUGCUAGAGUAGUGUUCAUGAAGGAGGACGGUGAGCAGUCAGCUGCAUUCAUCAAAUCACUCUUUGCCGUUCUAUAUGAAGUCUACAGCUCCUCGGCUGGACCUGCAGUCAGGCAUAAGUGUUUGAAGGCCUUACUAAGAAUGGUGUUCUUUGGAAAACCAGAUCUUCUGAAAGACAUGCUGAAGAAUCAUGCUGUAUCCAGUCACAUAGCAGCGAUGCUAUCAUCACAAGAUCUCAAGGUUGUUGUAGGUGCCCUUCAGAUGGCCGAGAUACUGAUGCAGAAGCUCCCGGAUAUCUUCCACAUCUACUUCCGAAGAGAAGGUGUGAUGCAUCAAGUGAAGAACCUUGCCGAGGCUACCAUCACGGCCGACAGUUCCCCUCCAGUCAAAGACAAGUUCCCGGCCUCCAAGGUCACAGCUUCAGAUCCCUCCUCAUCGUCGUCCUCCACCCCAGCAUCAUCAGCCUCCUCCGCAUCCUCGGCAUCAUCUGCGUCAUCGGCGUCGUCAUCCGCAUCAUCCACACAUACCCCUUCACCCAGGGAUACAAUCAAUAUCAAUGUGGGCUUGGAUUCUGAUGGUGUGCCUCAAGGACGUCUUAGCGAUGCCUUGAAGCUGAAGCGGGCAACGAAGCGAGGUCCCGGUAGAAAGAGUAACCGCUACGCUAGCAACGACGACACGCCAUCCCAGGGAGGUCACGGCCACCAUUACGAUGCUAUUGACACACCACCUGGUAGACUAAGCGCAGUAUCGGUGCCAAUGCCUCCUUCAUCAAGAGCUGUAGGGGGCAGUGGUGGGGGCAGGACAGGGGUCAGCAAGGGCAAAGGAUCCACAGGCAAGAUGGUCAGUGGCUCUACCUCCUCACGUUCUUCCUUCCUAGCCAGCCUCAACCUCUCCCGCUGGGGAAGGGGUGCGUCCAACUCCCCUUCCUCGACCAACACCACCCAAAGCAAUACAGCCAUGGGUAGCGACCAUCACCACCACCACCACCACCAUCACCACCACCACCUGCACACCGCUGCGGGCCGGGAGAUGGGUCUGCAGAGGGGCGGAGCCGGGGGAGGGAUGGGGUACGGGUCGGAUAGGAUACUGGGACAUGGGAGUGAGAACCUGCUAGGGGUGCAGAAGGAUGCCAGCGGGUCGCAGAAGGAGAAGGUUCGAGCGUGGAUCAAGGAACAGGCCUCUCAAUUUAUAAGUCAGUACUUCAGCCAAACAGAUCACCAAGGGGAGUCACACCCGGCCCUCACAUUACUCAAUCAGCUCUGUACUAAUGCAGACAAACUUACACUAAAGGAUGAUGAAGGAAGUGAAAUGCUUGAGAGCAUUGCUCACAUUCUCACCAAUUCUGAUAUAUCUGCCUUUGAGAUCCUCCACAGCGGUCUAGUGGUCAAGCUCUUAGAAUACAUGACCAAUAAGAGUGACCACAAUCCCGUUCCAAGGGACCUGAGGCUGCAACGCUUUCUACAUAUAUUCCUGCAAUGUCCGGCUCCAGGCAGUCCUCCAUUCACAUCACUGGAGAUCCCAGAGAAUCCGCCUUUCACCUCGCUCGUCUCCAAGAUCAACGGCUGCAUCAACCAUCUGGAGCAGUUCCCGGUCAAAGUCCACGACCUGCCCGGCGCCGGGGGGUCAUCCGGUGGAACCAGGGGGUCGCAAGCCCUCAAGUUCUUCAACACGCACCAGCUGAAGUGCCAGCUGCAGAGACACCCGGACUGCGCCAACCUGAGACAGUGGAGGGGCGGACCGGUCAAGAUUGACCCUCUGGCCUUAGUGCAGGCCAUCGAGAGGUAUCUCAUGGUCAGGAACUAUGGACGGAUGAGACAGGAUGAGGAGGAUAGUGACGAUGACGCAUCUGAUGAUGAGAUCGAUGAAUCGGUUGCUACAGCUUUCUCAAGCUCCAACACCAACAUCAAGCACAAGCUUCAGUUCUUGAUCGGAGAGCAAGUUCUUCCAUAUAACAUGACGGUCUACCAGGCGAUCAAGCAGUUUGGUAGCGCUGCCAGCGCAUCAGAGGAGGACAGAGAUACGGAUGAUGAGAGUAACCCGUUGGGGCGGGCUGGUAUCUGGAUCAAAACACAUACUAUAUGGUACCGUCCCGUCCCAGAGGCUGGCUCAAUAUCCACUCAAAAGUCGUCGUCAUCAAAUAGCAGUACAACUACCACCACAACCACCACUAGGAAAGGCAAGGGAGGAAGCUCUUCCAAAUCAUCUUCUAAAGGAAGAAAGCAUGAUGAAUUAUGGAUGGAUGGUGUGUGUCCAGUAAUACAGAAAGAACUUGAUAAGUACCUACAUUGUAAUCUACCUGGUUCCGUCCCUAUCGAAGACCCUUCAUGUGCAGCUAUCACUCUUCUAAGAGUUCUCUAUGGUCUUAGUAGACAUUGGAAUAAUCUAUACCCGGGAGCUUUACCGCAGCAGGCGUUAGGUAGCAGUGAGUUUGUGAACAGCAAGCUGUCAGCGAAGGCUAACAGACAGUUACAGGAUCCCUUGGUGAUCAUGACUGGGAACCUACCGUCUUGGCUUAAUGCGGUCGCACAGGCAUGCCCGUUCCUACUGCCGUUCGACACUCGUCAGCUGCUAUUCUACACCACAGCGUUUGAUCGCGAUAGAGCCAUGCAAAGGCUGCAAGACAACAAUCCAGACAUGUCAACGUCCGAAAACAGCGAACGGGUCGCUCCUAGAUUGGACAGGAGGAAAAGAAGCGUAUCGAGAGCAGACUUGUUGCGACAAGCCGAGUCCGUCAUGGAGGACCUAGCAAACUCAAGAGCUGUCCUUGAAAUACAGUACGAGGAUGAGGUUGGUACUGGUCUUGGCCCCACCCUCGAGUUCUAUGCCUUGGUAUCGAGAGAGGUACAGCGAGCUGAUCUUGAUCUCUGGAGAGGAGAGUCUGUUCUUUUACCAGACCCUAAAGGCAAACAAGCUGGAGUGAAAUACAUCCACUCGCCCCAUGGCCUCUUCCCGUCACCAAUAGGACGCAAUGCCAAGGCUUCAGCAGUAGCCAAGAUAAAGUCCAAGUUUACCUUCAUGGGGCGAUUCAUUGCUAAGGCGCUUAUGGAUUCUAGAAUGAUUGACAUUCCACUCAGCCUGCCAUUCUACAAGUGGCUCCUGGGACAGGAGGCCACGUUGACCUCGGCAGACCUGCAGUACAUCGACCGUACCUUGGCCCGAUCCUUCCAGCAGCUUGAAGAGCUUGGUCAACAGAAACAGAGGCUGGUUGAUGACCCCUCCCAGACCGCUGCCAGUCUACAGCUAGCCCUAGAGUCACUGAGUAUAGAUGGUAGCCCAGUGGAAGAGCUUGGAUUAGACUUCACUCUGCCCGGUUACCCCAAUAUAGAACUUAAGAAAGGAGGCAAGGAUAUCGAUGUCACCAUUCAUAAUCUAGAUGAGUACCUCAAGCUUGUUGUACGUUGGACCCUGAAUGAAGGCGUAUCGAGGCAGUUUGAGGCCCUUAAAGAUGGUUUCCAAUCAGUGUUUCCUCUCUCUCAUCUACAAAGCUUCUACGGUGAAGAGUUGGAUCAGCUUUUCUGUGGGAAUCGAAGUGAACCGUGGGACAUCAAGACUUUAAUAGAAUGCUGCAGGCCUGACCAUGGCUAUACACACGAUAGUCGUGCUGUGAAGCUAUUAUUUGAGCUGAUGGCAUCGUAUACAGAUGGCCAACAGAGGGAGUUUCUUCAGUUUGUCACUGGCAGCCCCAAACUCCCUGUAGGAGGUUUCAGGUCUUUGAAUCCUCCUCUCACCAUCGUCAGGAAGAUGUUUGAAGGCUCCGAGGACCCGGACAAAUUCCUUCCCUCGGUGAUGACCUGUGUGAACUACCUAAAGCUACCUGACUAUAGCUCCAAAGAAGUCAUGGCGUCUAAGCUUUCUAUAGCCAUUCGAGAAGGACAACAGUCCUUCCAUUUAUCAUAACAAAGGCUCCUCGAGAGGAAAGGACUCUGUGACUAUCAUACCAAGAUGGAAGCUAGGUCUCUGUAAUCAGAGAGAACAAAUUCUUUUUGACUUAUCGCACCAAGAUGGACUCUAGGUCUUCUGUAAUCAUACAAGGAAUUCAAUGAGGUAAUGAUCUCUAUGAAGAUCGCACUAAGAUUGAUGGGUUUCUCUGUAAUCAUAUGAAGGAUCAAUUAGGGAAUGACCUUUGACUAUCACACCAAGAUAGGUGCUAGGUCUUCUGUGAUCGUACAAAGGAUUUAAUAAGGGAAGGCUCUCAGCGACUAUCACAUCAAGAUGAUGCUAGGUUCUUCUGUAAUUGGACAAAGGAUUCAAUAAGGGAAGGAUCUCACGUCUUAUCACAUCAAGAUGACGCUGGGUCUUCUGUAAUUGGACAAAGGAUUUAAUAAGGGAAGGCUCUCUGCGACCAUCACAUCAAGAUGACGCGAGGUUCUUCUGUAUUGGACAAAGGAUUUAUUCGCGUCUAUCGUACCAAGAUGGAUGCCAAGUCUUCUGUAAUCAUUCAAGGAGAAUAUUAUUUCUCUUUAACAGAAAUCAUCUAACAAGCGAAGGAUCUCUGUGACUUGCACACUAAGACAGGUGCUCCAGUAGGUCUGCUGUUGUAAUUCAAAGCAAAUGUCGUUCCUUGGUUCUGCAAAAGAUCUAACAAUUGGAGGAUCUGCCGAACUAUCACCAAGGUGGCUCCUAAGCUUCUGAAAUCAAAGAUAACAUUCCUUCCAUUAACAGACCCUUUAAGAGGGCACCUUUGACUAUCGCAUGAAGAUUGCUGUCUAGCGUUCUGUAGUCAUUUUCCAGGACACUGUCCCACUCAUUACAAAGCUCCUGGUAGGAUCCAUGUGGAGCUACUUGACCUAAUGUGGAGCCAGGGAAUUAACAGCUGAGACAAGGAUCCAGCAACCAGAGAAACCUUAUUAUUAAUGAGAAAAGAUGAAUAUCACCAUUGAUUUGAAUUACCGGUAUUGACCUUACAGAGCAAGCCAGAUGUAUUCUUUUCUCUGAAUAGAAACAUGUUCCCAUAUACCAUAUAAAUAUCUGAAUGUAACGUCAGAUUUAUUCCUCCAUUCAUUUAUUCGUAGGGUGUAUUCGUCCCAUGCAUCCCUUUAACAAAAUGGGGCAUGCCAUCAUUAAGGAGCUGUACAGUAUGUUGCAAGAAUUGCCAGAAACUGGAUUUCUGCAUCCAUGCUAGAGCAGAGUUUAUAUCAGCUCAUACAGGAAAUAUUACCUUCCUAAUGACCCUCGAGCUACUACUGUAAUAUCGCAUUUGACAUUGCAAUCAACGCUCAUUGGAGUUAGUCUUCAGAAACUGAAAACUUUUUAUGAUUUUAUAGGAAUACUUGCUCUGAAAUUUGUAGGUUGAUCUUUGUUUCUCUUCUCUUUUUUUCCCCUUUACUAUUUACAGUCACAUCUGGAUCCAGGGGAUAGUUUGUAAUUAUAAUUUAUAUCAAUAAUUAUAUUAAGAAUAUGAUUGUAUCAUUGUUUAGUUAAUCUUGCUUUUUAAGAUGAACCUUAUACUUAUAAGUAGUGCAAGUAACGUGCUACACACGUUGAGAAGUAUCGGUGGGUUUUAUUAUAUAGGAAGAAUGCCAACAUUAUUUAUAUCAAGGUAGAUGUGUUGUGGCUCAGUGGUCGAGUCUCCAGACUUUGAACUGCAUGGUCUUGGGUUCAAAUCCCACUGCAGCACUGGUGUCCUUCGGCAAGCCAUUUAUCCACUAUACGUUUGUCACUCGCCACCCAGGUGUAGAAAAAUGGGUAACUGGUAGUAAGAAAUUCCUAGAAUGCUAUAGCUGGGUAGUGAGUAGUAAUGUGCGGCACUAAGAAACAUUUGGAUUUACCACUGUCGAUGUUGCAUAUGAUUAUUACGAUUACUGUUUUGCAUAUUAAGGUCUUAUUCAUUUAAAGCAAAAUAUGUAUAUUAUUACACCAAAGAUUUAAAUUGCAAUGUAACUUUCGUGCACUCAAACUAGUUCACAUUUAUUUCUAUUAUUGUGUACGAAGCUUGGGUGCUUUGGUUUUUCAUGUAAAGUGGUAUAAGCCUCCAUUGUCCAUGAUACACUUCUAGCAUUAGAAAGUUGGACUUAUAUUUUUGAGGCUUGACCAAGCCUGUAUGGAUAAUCAAACUGAAUUUACAGGUAAUUCUGCCCAAAUCCAAUCCCCUGGUACCACAGGGCCACAUCUUACAGAGAGUUACGAUUGAUCCAAUCAAUCUCAACUCUAUGGAAAUCCAUCCAUACCACAAUUUUUUCUAUAGGAAAUUGGGGCAAUCUCCUUUACAAACAAAGAGAAUCACACUGAAUCUUCAAGCGAAGGAUGAAUAUAUGAAUGUAUUUCAUAUCUAGUAAUUAUUUUGAUCAAAUUUGCACUUUUGAUGUUAAUAUUGCUGGCCGUCCAUAGUUGUGGAUGAUCAGGUCAAUCGCAACUCUUUGUAAGAUGGGGCCCUGUUAAGCAUUGAGACCUGUAACACAAUAGCUUAUUGAUCAGACAGUUGGUGUGUACAAGUAUGAUUGAUUGCAAAUAACGGUCAAUGUAAUAAAUCAUAAAUAUCAGACCUCGGAUCAAGUACUCAAAUAUCUGCAGGGCAAUAUUUUACUUUUUGAAUUUGAUUAGCAUUUCUGGUUGUAAGAGAAAAAGCUUUCAAUUGUGUUCUGUGCAGUCCUAUGUAUAAAAAAAAUUUGCUGCCUAAAAGAAAUAUUGUGUAGCAGUCAUGAAAAAAAUGAGCGAAUUGCGUGGCGAUACCAGGAAAAUUAUUCCCUGAUUUAUGCCGGGACCUGGAAACAAUUUGACUGUAUUACCCACUCGUAACAUCCAUGCAAGUUAAGAUCAUUUGGAAAUUGGUUGCAGAGCUCAUUGAAGAUAACAGCACAGAAAAAGAUCAUUGCCUAAAGGAGAUUUUGUGUUAUGAAUAAAAAUGUGGAGCGAA